AUGUCUCACCCAUCGAUGAACCGGGGCGACCCCUUUCUGCGCUUGCAUCACUCUGACGAUGCGUCGCUCAGUCGUGUCAUCUUUCACCCUCUGCGGGGCGAUAUCCUGGUUGUCGGUGAGUCGCUUUACUCGGAUAGUCUGUAGCCGUCGAUUGGAGAAUGUUUGAAGUCGCUGAUGUGAUGGUUCGGGGAGUGAAACAGGUUCGGAAAGUCACGUUGAAGCGCUGUUGAUCCAGACCUCCGCCGGCCCAUCACAACUCACGGCGCGACGACUUGCAAUAUGGCCUCUCAGCGGUCACGUCACGGCUAUUGAUAUUGCACCCUGGUCGAGUCCAGACAACCUCGAGUAAGUCGGGGUCAUUGCCAAGUCGUGCUGGAUGAGGGAUAACGCCGGAAAUUGAUUCGAUGAAGGGUCGAUCCGCUCCACCGUUCAGGGUCACCGUCGCCACUUUGACCCCUAAUCUAUUUCGACUUCGAUGGAGCGCAGUCGAAGGCUCUCUGACCACUUCGAUGGGGGAGGGGAUGGUCUCGAGCACGAUCCACGAGAUCAAGUACGCACGAGCCGGUGGCGCACAAGCGGCGAGAACGGUUGCAAGUGUCGGCGAUCAAGGUGCCUUGCUCCUCUGGGACGUCGCCGCCGAGUCGCCAGGUUUGCUCAAGCUCGUAAGUAAACGUCAAACAUAAAAUAUAUGGUAGCUUAAGCACUGGGUUGAUGCGCCCAGUUGAACUUCUGCUGCACUAGAUCCCUCACCCCUUCCCUCUCCGAUCUCUUUGCUUCCACCCCACCAACGCGAGCCUCCUCGUCACCGGCGAUGCAAAAGGCAUGCUCCGACUCAUUAAUCUCGACGACGCAAGUAUCCGCAUGUGUCUCUUCGAACCUCGUUCCCUCGCCCGUUCGAUCCGAGGUGAUCUCGUCUGCCUCGAUUGGAACACCGCCGCCGCAUCGGCUGGCGUUCCGACCACUCAAAUUGGCGCGGUGAUUGAUGGUCGGUGGGUGCUGUGGGACCUCAGUGAGAGUAGCGGGGGAGGUCCGACGGCUUUCGGGAGUGCUUUUUCAGAGCACUUGGCUGGUCGAGCGGUCUUUCGGUGAGCUUUCUCGGUGGAAGGCGAAGGCGAUCAUCGGACGACCCCCCAAAUUGAUUUCGGACUGACAAUGUACCGCACAAUUUGCAGGUGGAGUCCCCACGACCCCAAAAUCUUUGCCGUGCUUUGUGCUCACCCGUCUGCCACACCUGCUCUGACCUUGCACAACGUAUCGUGCCCCCAAGGUAAGUUUUCAAAGUCUGAGCCCUUCAAGAGCAAGAGCGAAGAGGGAAGUCAAGCUGAUCCGGGAUGCCGCUUUCACAGCUCCUCGACCAGUCAACAUCGCCCCUCCACCGCUGCAAGCGAUGGACAUGUGCUGGAGUCCAACAGUAGAUAUUUUUGCGGUCAUUGUCGACCGGGAUGUGCUGCUCUGCAGCGCGACGGAUUGA